AAAAAAAAAAAAAAACAGGUAUAGUGAGAAAAGGCUGGAGGGCUUGUUAUGGGCUUAGCGUGAGAGAAACUAAACAUUUAUCCACCCUUCUUUACCAGUCAAACCAGUAACUCUGGAUAGAGCACACUCGAGCAGUUUUUACCCUUGUGGUCCCUGAUGGCUUCGCACAGUGAUACUCUGGUGGUGUUCUUUGGGGCAACAGCUGGUGCAAAUGGGGGUAAACUGGGGUCGGAUGAGAGGGAAAUAAUUCUGUUGGUGUGGCAAAUUGUGGAUCUACAUGAGAACAAGGUGGGAAAACUUCAACAGCACCUGAUUAAACCAGACACUUUGGAAUUAACAGACGAGUGUAAAGAGGAGACCGGAUUGAGUGUGGACGGACUUUGUAAAGCAGAGCCUCUGGACACGGUUCUUCAACAGUUCCAGCAGGCCGUAUCAGCAGAACUUAAAGCUCUGGGCAGAAGCUCCUACACGCUGUGUGUUGACGGACCCCUCCUUAUCCGACAGGCCCUUCACCCUGAGGCGUCCAAAAAGAAUUUGGUCCUGCCCGAGUGUUUUUACUCAUUUGUGGAUUUAAAAAGAGAGUUUCACAAAUGCUGUCCCAACGCCGGUCCAGUGAAAGACCUCACCCUCCCAUCUAUGCUCGAAUAUUUGUGUCUCCCAGCAGAGAGCGAGCAGACGGCUGGAGUGAGGGAGCUGAAGAGCAUGGUGAUGAUCAUCCAACACAUCCUGGCUGAGCCAUACAGUCACAAAUUUUCCUCGUUUGAGACGGUGAAGUGCAAGUUUGAAUCUGGAGCUUGCAGUAAGACAGAAGCUGUGGACAGUGAGACUGUGAUCAGAGCCCGGGGGUUACCAUGGCAAUCUUCAGACCAAGACAUCGCACGCUUCUUCAAGGGCCUCAACAUUGCCAAAGGCGGUGUGGCACUGUGUUUGAAUGCUCAGGGUCGCAGGAAUGGAGAGGCCCUUGUACGCUUCGUAAACUCCGAGCACCGGGACAUGGCGCUGGAGCGACACAAACACCACAUGGGCAGCAGAUACAUUGAGGUGUAUAAAGCAACUGGAGAGGAGUUUCUAAAGAUUGCUGGAGGCACAUCUAACGAGGUGGCACAGUUCCUGUCUAAGGAGAAUCAGGUGAUCAUCCGGAUGCGGGGCCUGCCGUUCACUGCCACACACCAGGAUGUGCUGGGCUUCCUGGGCCCCGAGAGCCCUGUGACGGAUGGCACCGAGGGGCUGCUCUUCGUGAAGUAUCCCGACGGAAGGCCCACGGGUGAUGCCUUUGUGCUGUUUGCCUGUGAGGAAUACGCCCAGAACGCUCUGAAAAAGCACAAACAGAUUCUGGGGAAGCGGUACAUCGAGCUGUUCCGCAGUACAGCAGCCGAGGUCCAGCAGGUGCUGAACCGUUACAUGUCCACUCCACUGAUAUCCACGCUUCCUCCCCCUCCUUCAAUGGUUCCUGUGCUUGCUGCUCCUCCCUUCCUCACCACAGGCAGCACCAGGGACUGCGUGCGGCUGCGUGGUUUGCCGUACACCGCCUCCAUCGAGGACAUCCUGGAGUUUAUGGGAGAGCACACAAUUGACAUCAAACCCCACGGUGUUCAUAUGGUGCUCAAUCAGCAAGGCCGUCCAUCCGGUGAUGCGUUCAUUCAGAUGAAAGCAUCAGAUCGUGCCUUUAUGGUGGCACAGAAGUGCCACAAGAAGAUGAUGAAGGAUCGUUAUGUGGAGGUGUUCCAGUGCUCCACUGAAGAGAUGAGCUUUGUGCUGAUGGGAGGGACUCUGAACCGUAGCGGCUUGUCACCUCCGCCAUGCAAACUACCCUGCCUCUCACCACCAACCUACGCCGCAUUUCCAGGUCCAGCUGCUAUGCUUUCCACCGAGGCCGCCCUGUAUCAGCCCCCCCUGCUGGCCACUCCUAGAACUCCACAGCCACCCACUCACAGCCCUGUUCCAACGCUUGCUUACUAUUCCCCUCAGCCACAGCUGUACAUGAACAUGAACUACACUGCGUAUUACCCCAGUCCUCCAGUGUCCCCGUCCACAAUGAGUUACUUUGCGGCUCCUCCGGGCUCCAUAGCAGCUCAGCUUGCUCCUGCAACUUUACCUCAGCACGGUGCUCUGGUGCGCAUGCAGGGACUGCCCUAUAAUGCUGGGGUUAAAGAUAUCCUCAGCUUCUUCCAGGGUUACCAGCUCCAGGCGGACUCCGUGCUCGUGUUGUAUAACUGGAGUGGCCAGCGGAGCGGGGAGGCGCUCGUCACCUUCCCCAGUGAGGAGGCAGCGAGGCGUGCUGUGGCUGAGCGCUCCAACCUUCCCCUCUCUGGCCACCCCGUCCGCCUGAUGUGCUGCGAAUGAGGUCAACACUCACCCCUUGAAGCCGACUCCAGGAACGAGCGAGGUCUGCACUUCACCCUCUGUCUCCUCCCGACACUGGUCUUCCCCAGGCGCACAGGAAGCCUUUCCUCGAGUUUCUAACAUGCUACUGCUGGUGGAGGUGCUAGCAUGGUGGAAAUAUGUGAACUCUAUGUAUAUAUGUAUUUAUACAUCAAAUACACCUAUCGUUAAAAUGCCAGUGUGGAUAUGGAGAAUUGAUUCUAUAUAUAUAUUCUUAGUUGUGUUCUUUAUGCAGAAAAGCCUAAAUAACUCUUCCUGUGGGAGAAAUCCCACAAUGAGGAUUCACUGUGUUUUUACUCAAAGGCAGUGCAAUAUACAAAGGCUAAGCCAUACAGCCUGCAUGUGUGCUACAAGAAAGGAAUGAAAACUACUGACACUUGUUUAACUUCUAAACUAAGCCUUAACUUAGUGACCGUGGACGACCUGCUGCAUGAAAGAUUAUUUUUUCAUUAUAAAUCAUAUUAAUUAUUGUGUAACAGACAAGACUGCGUGUCCCUUCAUCCGCUCGGACUUCUUAGUUUAAUCGAACCCAGAACAGAGCCAUUUUAUUUAACGUGAGAAACAAGCCGUUGUGCUUUUGUCUGAUCUGUGCGCUUUCUUUUUUUUGCAGCCUUUAUUACUGAGAAUUUUUUCUUUCCUAAUCUAUCUAAUGUGACUAGAGAGGCCUUCAGUCAUCAUAGUGCCUUUAUACCUUUUUGUGCCAUUACUACAUGAGCCAGAGUUCAGUACCAGCUGUAACGCACUUUCCCUGGCACUCGGACAUUUAGGAUUUUUUUUUUUAUUUUAAGUUUGAAACUGAAGACAAUCUUUAUGUAACAAUUAUAUGUAAACAAUAAAAUAUCAUUCUGAAAUGUC